GCUCAAGGAAUUCCACAAUUACUUGUCAGCGGGUUUCACGGUAGCGCUACACUACAUCUGCCACCGUAGACUCUGCGUGGGAGAUGUUUCAGCACCGCUAGUGUUCGCGAGAGUGGCCACAAGGUAUCUCCAUCCCGAUGCGUGUCACGGGACGGAAUGACCAUUCCGAUGUGUGCCACGGCCGUCAACCCUAGAAACCAGCGCUUUUGACGCUGGGAAAGAUUGCGUUGAUUCUUCCAGAUCCAGUCCACCCAACAAUCCACUGCUGCGAGCUGCUCUCUACAUCUAGUAAUUUCUGGUCCUUACCUCCCUCCCGUCGAUCUUCAUAUACGAGUCCACAACUAGAAACCUCUAAUAUUCUUCGCCCUCCGUCCUCCCUUUCCUCCAUUCCUAUUCUCCCGUGCUUCCAGCUGACCAUCCUUCUACGAAUCCGCCACUAGAAGCCCUUUUAGGAAGCCCUUUUAGGAAGCCCUUUUAGGAAGCCCUUUUAGGAAGCCCUUUUAGGAAGCCCUUUUAGGAAGCCCUUUUAGGAAGCCCUUUGUCUGAGCUCCCUUCUACGAAUCCACCACCACCAGAAGCCGCCAUGCAGCUCUUCGUGCUCUACUAGUAAUUUCUUCUCCUUACCUCCCUCCCGUCGAUCUUCAUAUUCGAAUCCACUACCAGGAGCCGUCACCAUAAUCUAGGAGCCCUUUCAGGAACCCACCACCAUCAGAGCCCUUCCGGGAGUCCAGCAGCACCACCAGCCGCCAUGCAGCUCUUCGUCCGAACCCUAGCGGGCACCACGCUCUCGCUCCAGCUCCCGGAUUCUGCGCAGGUCGCCGAUCUUAAAGACCUAUUGUCUACUAAAGCCGGUCCCGCUGCUUCCCGCCAAUACCUCCUUUUCGAAUCGCGCCUGCUCUCCGACGAUGCCGCGCCGCUCGCAUCCGUAUUCGCGACCCGGCGCGAUCGUCCACGUCAGCAUGAUGUACACCUGUAUCGCGACCUGACCGUCCACCAAACUUUUCUUCUGCCCGGAGGAGCGCCUCAGCCCGCGGUCCCGCGGCCGAAACUAAACUUCAAUCAGCGGCCGCCUCCUAACUAUGUCGCCGGUCUCGGUCGAGGUGCGACGGGCUUCACGACGCGGUCCGAUAUCGGUCCCGCGCGGGCGGCUCCGGACAUGCCGGACCGCAACGCGGCGCCGCUCGGUCGGGGGAGAGGCGCGGGAGGGGGAGCGGGGGGAGCGGAGGAGGAGGAGGAGGGGGAAGAGGAGGAGGAGACGGGGAAGGAGAAGAAGGAGGUGAAGUACGAUGAGCAUCAGAAAUUCGACGAGUUCGAAGGGAACGACAUGGGGCUGUUCGCGACGGGGGAGUAUGACGACGACGACAAAGACGCGGACGCGGUUUGGGACGGGGUUGAUGAUCGGAUGGACGAUCGGCGGCGCGACCGGCGCGAGGCGCGGCUGAAGCAGGAGAUUGAAAAGUAUCGCGCAUCGAACCCGAAGAUCACGGAGCAAUUCGCGGAUCUGAAGCGUGGGCUGGGCCAGAUGUCGACCACUGAUUGGGACAGCAUCCCGGAAAUCGGGGAUUACAGCUUGAGGAACAAAAAGAAGCGGUUCGAGAGCUUUGUUCCUGUACCGGACACGCUCUUAGAGAAGGCGCGGCAGGAGAAGGAACACGUGUCGGCGCUGGACCCCAAGGGGAAGGGCGCCGUUUUGGGCGGCACUGAAACGCCGUUCGCGUCGCAAACGCCCGUUACAGAUCUGACGGCUGUGGGAGAGGGGCGCGGUACGGUGCUGAGUUUAAAACUCGAUCGGCUCUCUGACAGUGUAACGGGGCAGACUGUAGUGGAUCCGAAGGGGUACUUAACGGAUCUUAAAUCCAUGCGGAUCACCUCUGACGCGGAGAUCUCGGAUAUUAAAAAGGCGCGCCUGCUGCUGAAAUCGGUAAUCCAGACUAAUCCCAAGCACGCGCCAGGAUGGAUAGCUGCCGCCCGCCUAGAGGAACUUGCCGGGAAGCUUCAAGCCGCGAGGGGGUUUAUCCAGAGGGGGUGCCAGGAGUGUCCUAAGAACGAAGAUGUGUGGCUAGAGGCUUGCCGGCUUUCUUCGCCCGACGCGGCCCGAGCCGUGAUCGCGCGGGGAGUGAAGGAGAUCCCGACAUCUGUCAAGCUGUGGAUGCACGCGGCUCGGCUGGAGAAGGAUGACGUGGCAAAAUCCCGCGUUUUGAGGAAGGCUCUGGAGCACGUGCCGGACUCGGUGCGCCUCUGGAAAGCGGUGGUGGAAUUGGCCAAGGAAGACGACGCGAGGAUUCUGCUGUCCCGCGCCGUGGAGUGCUGCCCGCUGCAUGUGGAGCUUUGGCUGGCGUUGGCCCGGUUGGAGGUUUACGAUAAUGCCAAGAGGGUUUUGAAUAAUGCCAGAGAGGCGCUGCCGACCGAACCGGCUAUUUGGAUCGCUGCUGCGAAGCUGGAGGAGGCGAAUGACAACGACGGGAUGGUGGGGAAGAUUAUAGAGAGGGCUAUUAGAGGGUUGCAGAGAGAAGGCGUGGUGAUAGACAGAGAGGCUUGGAUGAGGGAAGCUGAGGCAGCUGAGCGGGCGGGGUCUGUUGCCACGUGUCGUGCUAUCAUUCGCUCGACGGUGGGUAUGGGGGUGGAGGAGGAGGACCGGAAACGAACCUGGGUGGCUGAUGCUGAAGAGUGUAUUAAAAGGGGGUCGGUGGAAACUGCCCGGGCGAUUUUCGCGCACGUGCUGACCGUUUUCCCGGGCAAGAAGUCGGUGUGGCGGCGGGCAGCCCAGCUGGAAAAAACGCACGGGACACGCGAGUCAUUGGACGCGCUGCUGCGCCGGGCAGUCACGUACUGCCCGCAGGCCGAAGUGCUCUGGCUCAUGGGGGCAAAAGAAAAGUGGCUGGCGGGAGAUGUCCCUGCCGCCCGCGCGAUCCUCGAGGAGGCAUACGCCGCCAUACCAGAUUCUGAGGAGAUCUGGCUUGCUGCAUUUAAGCUGGAGUUUGAGAACAGGGAGUCGGAGCGGGCCAGGAGGCUGCUUGCUAAGGCGAGAGAGAUGGGGGGAACGGAGAGGGUGUGGAUGAAGUCGGCAAUUUUAGAGAGAGAGGUGGGGAAUGUGGAGGAGGAGAGGGCGUUGUUAGAGCAGGGGCUGAGGCUCUUUCCCGGGUUUCAUAAACUCUGGCUUAUGCUCGGGCAGCUUGAGGCGAGGCAGGGCAGGUCCGGGGCUGCCCGGGAAAUUUUCCAGCGGGGGCUGAAGCAGUGUCCGGGCAGUAUUCCGCUCUGGCUGUGCGCUGCGAAGCUGGAGGAAGAUUUAGGUGCGGUCAGCAAGGCUCGGGCGAUUCUGGAGCAGGCUCGGCACAAGAACCCGCAGACGCCGGACCUGUGGCUGGCUGCGGUUCGGACGGAGGCUCGGGCAGGGAACAAGAAGGCCGCCGAAGCUACCCUAGCCAAGGCUCUCCAGGAGUGCCCUAGCAGUGGGAGAUUGUGGGCGGAAGCUAUAGAGAUGGCACCGCGAGCGCAGCGCAAGUCACGCAGCGUCGAUGCGCUGAAGAAAUGCGACCACGACGCGUACGUCGUCGCUGCCGUGGCUCGGCUCUUCUGGUCCGAUCGGAAGGUUGACAAGGCUCGGAACUGGUUCGGGAGGGCGGUGACCCUUGCUCCGGACGUGGGGGAUUUCUGGGCGCAGCUGUGGCGGUUUGAGAAGGCGCAUGGGGGGGAGGAGCAGAGGGCGGAGGUGGUGAGGCGGUGCGUGGUGGCUGAGCCGCGGUAUGGGGAGGUGUGGGCGCGGGCGGCGAAGGCGGUAGAGAAUGCUCACCUGUCGACAGAGGCGCUGCUGAAAAAGGUGGUGCUGAUGAUGGAUAGGGAGGAGGCGGCUAAGACCGCUGCUGCUGGUGCCAGUGCUGCUGGUGCAAGUGGUGGUGGUGGUGCUGCUGCUGGUGCCAGUGCUGCUGGUGCAAAUGGUGGUGGUGCUGCUGCUGCUGCUGCUGCGCCCCCUGCUGCUGCUGCUGCUGUCACUAUGGAAACUGAAGAGCAGUAGACUAGUGGUAGUCUUGUGGCGGCUAAGGCGGUGGAGAAUGCUCAUCUGUUGACAGAGGCGCUGCUGAGGAAGGUGGUGCUGAUGAUGGAUAGGGAGGAGGCGGUGAAGACCGCUGCUGCUGGUGCCAGUGCUGCUGGUGCUGCUGGUGCUGCUGAUGCAAGUGCUGCUGGUGGGGCUGGUGGUGCUGUUGCUAGUGGUGGUGGUGCUGCUGCUGGUGCUGCUGCUAGUGGUGCUGCAAGUGGGGGGUCUGCUGCACCUAUGGCAACUGUCGAGUAGUCUUGUGGUGCUGCUGAGGAAGGUGGGGGUGAUGUUGGACCGAGAAGAAGCCGCCAAGACCGCUGCUGCUGGCCUGGCAGUGCUGGUGGUGGUGCUGCCGGUGGUGGUGCCGAGGCCAAGGGGGGGUUUGCUGCAGCAGCCAUGGCAAUCGUUGGGUGGUGUGGUGUCUAGAGGUGCUGAUGGAUCAAGAGAUCCUUGGGUUAAAACCCGUUUCCUGACGCCGGGCUCACUGGAAAAUGUCCAAGGAUCUGUGUAGAGGUGCUGAUGGAUCAAGAGGAGGCUGCCAGGACCGCUGCUGCUGGCAGUGCUCCUGCAGCCUGCUGCUGUUCCUACCUACUGAUGCUUCUGGCAGUGCUCUUGCUCCUGCUGUUCCUGCUGAUGCUGGUGGUAGUGCUGCCAAGGCCAUGGCUGCUCCUUGUGGUCCUGACCUACCUCUUCCUCGUUCUGUUGCUUGCUUGCUAUUUUCCCGUCUCUGGUGUGCUGCUUUGAGCUUGGGGGGACUGCUGAUUGAUGGGUGUUACAUUACAACCAGGAGGUAGCUGUUUCCUCACUGCUUGACUUGACGGGUGUUCAAGUGAUUUAGUUACUCCAAUACUAGUACGACUGUCUGCCUAUGAUACGAUCAUUUGCCUAUGAAGGUUAGCCUUGCCGGUGAUCUUUU